CUCCGGGCCCAGCCGCAGCCUCCGGUCGGGUCGCCAUGGCGCUGGAGCGGGCGCAGGCCGAGGGCCCCGCCGCCGCGCCGCCCGCCAGCCUCUCCGCCCCGGAGAGCCCCGGCGAGGCGGCGCCUGGUGGAGAGGCGGAGUCCGCGGCCCUCCCCGGUGAGGCGGCGGGAGGCGAGGGGGAGCGCGGGCCGGGCGGCGGCGCGGAGGCCGCGGGGCAGAGCGAGGGGGCGGCGGAGGAGGACGAGGCGGAGGAGGCGAGCGUGAAACCCUCGCAGAACAUCGCGGUGCAGACUGACUUCAAAACGGCCGACGCGGAUGCGAACACGGAUCAGGACAUUGAGAAGAACCUGGACAAAAUGAUGUCUGAGAGGGCUUUGUUAAAGGAACGGUACCAGGAGGUGUUGGACAAACAGCGGCAAGUGGAGAACCAGCUGCAGGUGCAGCUCAAACAGCUCCAGCAGCGGAGGGAAGAAGAGAUGAAGAACCACCAGGAGAUUCUGAAAGCAAUUCAGGCCGUUACGAUCAAGCGGGAAGAGACAAAGAAGAAGAUGGAGAAAGAGAAGAAGGAAUUCCUGCAGAAAGAGCAGGAUCUGAAAGCAGAAAUUGAGAAACUCUGCGAGAAAGGCAGAAGGUUGCUGAAGGAGCAGGAGGAAAAGGAAAACAAGAUUGCUUCUCUGAUUGCAGAGCAGUCUGAUGAAAAGCAGCUAUGGGAGAUGGAGCUAGAUAAGCUGAAGAACCAGCACAAUGAAAUCAACAGGAACAUCCUCGAGGAGACAGAACGGGCCUGGAAAGCAGAGAUCCUGUCCCUGGAGAGCAGAAAGGAGCUGCUGGUGUUGAAACUAGAAGAAGCAGAAAAAGAAGCAGAGCUGCACCUCACCUACCUCAAGUCUGCACCACCAACACUGGAGACCAUGAGGCCAAAGCAGGAGUGGGAGAUGAGGCUGAACAGGAUACGAAUGACGAAGGAAAGUGUCCGAGAUCAGUUCAAUGACCACAUUCAGAUGGUGAGAAAUGGAACGAAGCUGAGCAGCCUCCCACAGAUCCCAACCCCAACACUGCCACCUCCACCCUCAGAAACAGAUUUCAUGCUGACGGCAUUCCAGCCCAAUCCAUCCCUUACUCCCAGGCUCCCAUUUCCCAUAGGACCGGUUCCUGUUCCCAUGGUCAUGCCGAGCGCUGAUCCUCGGGCGCUCUCCUUUCCUCUCCUGAACCCUGCAAUCUCCAGACCCAACCAGCCUUCCCCACCGCUGCCUGCAUCCCAAGGAAGAAACAGCCCCGUCGUGGCAUCGCUUAUUGGCACACACAGUCCUCACAUGACUCCUGCAGCCUCCAUCCCUCCUCCACCGGGUCUGGGAGGAGUUAAGGUCACUCCGGAGUUUCACAGGUCACAGCCAGCAGAUAAGCUGGAGAAGCUGCUGGAGAAGUUGUUGACUCGAUUUCCCCAGUGCAACAAGGCCCAGCUCACCAACAUCCUGCAGCAGAUCAAGACUGCUCGGAGGACGAUGGCGGGUCUGACUAUGGAGGAGCUGAACCAGCUGGUGGCAGCCAAGCUCGCGGAGCAGCAGGAGCGGGCAGCAGCUGGGGCUCAGCCUCUCGGUCGAAUCAGGGCCCCCAUGUUUUCUGCUCCGCUGCCUCAGAUCAGCACGCCGAUGUUCCUGCCCCCAGCCCAGGUAGCUUACCCAGGAACGGCAUCACAUACCCCAGCUGCCUGUAAGCUAUGUCUCAUGUGCCAGAAGCUUGUACAGCCCAGCGACCUUCAUCCCAUGGCCUGCUCGCAUGUGCUGCACAAGGAGGUAAGUCCUUCCUUGCUACGUACAUCUUCUGUGUUCCUUAAUUAUGGUUCCCAGUGCAGAUUCCUCUCCUGGGUCCCUGGGUGUAUGUAGUGAGUUCCUGUUGUAUGGAGACUUUGCCAGGAGAAAGGUAUGAUCAAUCCAUCGACUUCUCUGUGUCCUAUCACUUUGUGCUCUUAGCUGGGCCACCCUGGCCACCAUUUGCUGGUGGCUUUAAGAACAAGGCUAUCGUUAUUCAGCCUCAGAGCUUGUGCUCAUUUUUAGGAGGGUUAAAUCUUGGCCUUUUGCAUUCCUGGAGGAGGAGAGUCUGGGAGGUUAUAGAGCACAGGGCGAUGGAGAAAGCUUGCACUCACCUCACUGCUGGUGCACAGCAGGCCUGUGUGCAGGAGCUCGGUUGAAAAGGGCUCCCAGUCGCAGUGACCUUUUGACCGAGCUGUUCCUAAGGAGCAAACAAGCCAUCCCAUAAAAUGGAUGCCCUUUGCCAUCGCUUCUGGAGAAGUAACGCCACGUUCACAGCACCUUUGAGUUGUGCCAGUGGCUCUUGACUAAUUCUCUUUCUUCCAGUGCAUCAAAUUCUGGGCACAAACCAACACAAAUGACACUUGCCCCUUUUGUCCAAGUCUCAAAUGACGGCUACUCGAACAAAGUGGUCCCACGGGAGGAGUUGCUGUGAAUAGACAGGAUCAGUUCUAAGAUUUCUACAGUUCUAUAUUUAUACGACCAUGUAUACACAUGUACAUUUUUAUUAUAUAGGUAAUGUGUGUAUAGAAAGUCUGUAUACAUACAAAUUCAUAAAUAAAGUGUGUAUAUUAUGCAGUGA